AUGAAAAAGAUUGGACAAAGCAUUCUCAGACUCAAUCGUCUUUAUAAAACUUCUUCAUCAUUGACAUUUUUCGGAAAUACUAGAGUACAAUUGAAAACUUUCUCACUUCAUCAUGGUGGUGUGGUAUUAAAUCAAAAGCCAGGUUUGUCCAACAAGGCCAUCGAUACAAAUCCAAAUUUAAAACCAGAAAAACCAUCACACCUCAUACAGGCACCAUUUCACGAAUCAAUACUUUCGAAAAAGAUUAGUGAUGCUGCUAAGAAUGCAGAGGAAUUUUGGGUUUUAGAUAACAAGGAUGCCAUCAAGUAUUUGGAAAAGAAAAUUGUUACUUUUUCGGAAGAAAUUGAUGAAAGUGAUGAACAUUACCAAGUCAGUAUUUACAAGCUGAAAGAACUUCUUGGCACAAUGUUCUUUUCUUUGGGAGAAUAUGAAAAAUCAAAGCCAUUAUUUGAGGAAUUAAGAUCAUUCUACCUGGAACAAUGUGAAAAGAUCCCAACUGAAUCUUUGACAAAAUAUGAAAUUUCUGACAUUUGUGUAAAUUUACAUGAUUGUUAUGUAGCUACUGGAAAUAUUAAUGAAGCCAAUCAAAUUCUCGAAAAAUCUUUGGAAUUGUGUGAAAAUAGAUCGGUUUUGGCCUCAACUAUUAUUGAAAAAUUAUCUUACAACUUGUUAUCAAUUUCACAAGAUAAGAGGUAUGACCUCAGUCAAAAAACUGACAUGUUGAAGGAGGGAAUCAAGCUCGUUUCUGGAGCAAUUGAAAAGGACGACACACAUUGUGGACUACUCUAUGCUAAGGGUAUCUUUUUGGAAGAAUUAUCCAAAAUUUUGCCAAUCACACGAGUUGAAGAAAGAGAAAAUUAUCUGAAAGAGGCAGUCAGUUGUUAUGAUAAGAUCUUAAAGAUAGAUCCAACUGAAUACCAUGCAGAGAUGAAUGCUGGUGAUUGUCACUCAAAAUUGGGUAAUGAUCAAGUUGCUCUUUCAUUCUACAAUAGAUUUAUUGAUCACUUUAAUUUAUUUGUGAAGGAUUGUGUUGCCAAAGGAAAUAAUAUUGAUUUUAAUGCAGUUUAUGUGGAUAUUUUGGUGAAAUUAGGUAUUGCUUACACAAAGUAUGAGGAUCAUGAAAUGGCACGUUCUCAUUUCGCAUACUGUAUGGAAUAUAUUGACACUUGUUUAAAGAAGAAUCCAGCAAAUGCACAAAUAUUGAAACAAUACAAGGUCAAUGCACUUAAUAAGAGAGGUCUGUCAUAUUUCAGAAAGAAGGAGUAUUGGAAAUGUGUAAAUGACAAUACUGAAGCAAUUAAUAUUGAUAAUACCUUCUUCCCUGCUUUCAGAGAUAGAUGCGAAGCCUAUGAGGCAUUGGGUCAAACAGAAUUAGCAAAAGAGGAUAGAACCAUGGCUGAAUACUUGAAACGUAAAUAUGUAGCAAAUGUAAUGUUCUAA